AUGUCCAGGUGGUGGAUGGUGGUGUUGCUGGCGGGCGCGGCGGCGGCGGGUGGCCGCUUGCCCCGCACCUCUCCGCCCGCGCCCCAAACCCCGCCGACGUCCUCGUCGGCGCCGCGAUUGCCCCAGAGGAAUCUCACCCUCGCGUCUAGAUCUUCCGUACGAAACAGGUAUGCGAUGUUACGGCAGCGAGCCGGGCUGGCCUCGACGCCGGUCGGCGGCGAUGGCGCUGCGCCCGCGCCCUCCGCGCAUACAUUCGAUAACAAUACGAUUGUUGAAAACUUAAAUUAUGUUCUCUAA